CAGCUGAGUUGUCCUCUUUCCUUUCGAGUGUCCUCUUUCAACAUGGCUCUUCCAUCGUACACGUCGUUCCUGUUUGCGACCACGUUAACCGUGCUGACUUUCGCUGGAAUGCAAAUGUUCAAGACAAACUUGGCAUCCAGUGAAUGGAUGACUAUUCUUGGGGGAUUCAUAGGAUCGCAACUUUUCGUUUUCCUUCUAACUGCAGUAGGAAAUUUAGAGACCUCUAUGUUUGGACGAAAUUUCCAAACAAAAUUGUUUCCAGAAGUAAUUCUUUGUCUGGUAGUUGCAAUGUUUGCCUCAGGUCUAGUCCACAGAGUUUGUGUAACAACCUGUUUCCUGUUUUCUAUGGUAGCCAUUUACUACAUCAACAGGAUCGCUGCCAGCACACACACUCCAACAACAAACUCAGCCCCACAGGCACAGCUGAAGACCAAGAAGAAUCGCUAAUCUCCUAUCACUGCUAAACAACAACAAUUAUUAUUAAUAGUAGCAAAGCAUAGAGCAAGACACAAUAAAGUUCAGUUUUGUUUUUCUGAA